UCUAGAGCUCCGACUUUCAGACCUGAAGAUCACUGACGUCAUGAUUUGACCUCGUAUUUUUCUGAGUGUAAUGUUCUCAACACUGCAAGAAAGCAAUAGUCGGACGUCUACUCGAGUUUACGGUAGCUAUGGCUCUGUUUGACAACUGUUCUGUGGUUUUGGAGCUGAAGAAUGUGCCUUAUAAGGAGAAGAAGAGACUGAAGCUGGCAAUAACAGAGAAUGGGGGCAGCAUUUCCUAUGUGGUCAAUAAACAGUGCACUCUGAUAGUGACAAGCAGCGUGUCCAGUCUGAGCUCCAGCCGGGUGCGGAAUGUGAAGAAGCACCAAAUUCCAGUAGUAGGGGUGGAGUAUGUGUCACGCUGCCUGGAAAAGGGAGUCCUGCUGCCUGUAGAGGAGUACCGCCUUUCCCCCCCUCCCUCUACCCCUCCCUCUCUCUUCACACCCAGACCGGCCUCACCCUCUCCCUCUCAGUCAGUUCUGAAGGUGACGAGCCAGCCGGCUGCAGAACAGAAGUCUGAAGUUCAGUCACUCACUCUGAAUGCUGUCAAUCAAGCCGAGAGGGCAAAGAAUCCAAAGAGAACUGGAACUUACCUGGGCAAAUUCAAAGUGUACACUGAAAGUGACAAUGAUCUUCCAACAUAUCCAACAAAUUUCCAAGUGGCCAAAUACUCAAUUUUUGAAAAGGCUAACAGCAGCACAUGGUCGGUGUUGGAGCUGCAGAGUAGCAGAGGAAAGGGAGGACAGCAGCAGUACCGUGUAGUGAGGUACUGGAGAGAGGACCAUGGUGCUAAGUCAGAAGCUGUGCAAGACAAGCAGGUGUUCUUCUCUGUCUCAGAGGAGGCUGUGAAGGUCUAUCAGACUCUCAGGAAGGAGCUGCAGGUCAGAGGCCUCACACUGAGGACCACCCUCCCUCCAGAGGUUCCGGACCUGGGCUCUGCCAGCCUGCAGCAGCUGCUGCUGGAGGAGAAGCUGAGCUGCAGCACCCUAUCACAGGAAGUGGGUGUGUUCGUGGAGCUGCUCUGGGCAGAGGCCCUUGGUUGUCUGGACAACGUCCUCAAGGUUCCAUUCACCAGCCUCAGUCUCAACGAUGUGAGCAGGGCUGAAGGGCUGCUGCUACAGGUCCAGAGGAGGCUGAGACAGGGGGAGGGGCCAGACACUGAGGUGGUCUCGCUGAUGGAGGAGGUCUACACCCUCCUGCCCCACAAAACGGACCUGUCCCGCCUCCCCGUCCACACUAAACUUAUCUCAUCACAGCUGGACCUCUGCCAGUUAAUCAGAGAUGUGUUGAAUGUCAGCGAGGUCACGCUGAGAAGCACUGCCCCUUCCUGUCUCGGGAAGUACCGUGCCCUGAGGUGCAGCAUUGAAAGAGUUCCCCCUGGUCCUGAGUUUCUGUCUGUCACCGAACUGCUACAGGACAGACAGGUGCAGAUCCUGCAGGUUCUGAAAGUAAGCAGAGAGGUGGAGCUACAGAUGUUUAGGGAGGGGCUUGGAAACAUUAAGCCCCUCCUCCACUCCUCUAGCCCCAGCAGCUUUGUGGGGAUCUUGUCUCGGGGUCUGUUACUGCCCAGGGUUGGAGUGGAGCAUCAUGGAAUUGAGAGAACAGACAUUGGGAAUUUGGGCGGUGGCAUCUAUUUCAGUGAUUCAAUGAGUACCAGUUUGAGGUACUCUAAGCCCAGUGUGACGGACGGCAGUCGGCUGCUGCUGGUGUGUGACGUGGCGUUGGGGCGCUGUACGCACCUCCAGAAGAGGGACAGCAGCCUGACUCACGCCCCCGAGGGAUACCACAGUGUACAUGGGGUCCGCUGUACCCCCAAGACACCCUCUGAGUUUGAGGAUGAUGAGUACGUCGUGUACAGCCCGGAGCAGGUGAGGCUGCAGUAUGUGGUUCAGUUCAGACUGGAGGAGGACCAGCUGAAAGACUUCCAGCCCACCAUAGAUACUUCCUCUACCGUGCUGCCACUUCCUGUCUCUCCCUCUGACCUCGUGUCCUGUGGUGAGGAUGAGGAGGGUGUUGGGAGGUGUAAAAACCCUCUAGAGGAGGUGACUGCAGGCCUGCUGGACAGUUCUGGACAACCACUCCCUCUACAGGCCGUCCACGUCAGGGCCAAGCUGAUGGAUCUGCUCUGCCAGGUCAUCAUCUUCCAGACAUACACCAAUCAGAGAACAGCCCCCAUCGAAGCCAAAUACGUCUUCCCAUUGGAUGAUUCUGCUGCUGUGUGUGGCUUUGAGGCCUUCAUCAAUGGGAAGCAUGUAGUGGGACAGGUGAAGGAGAAGCAGCAGGCACGUAAAGAGUAUAAACAGGCUAUAGAGAGAGGCCAUGGAGCUUACCUAAUGGACCAGGAUGCACCUGAUGUGUUCACCAUCAGCGUUGGGAACCUGCCUGCCAGUGCCACCGUCCUGAUCAAAGUCACCUUCGUCACCGAGCUCGUCGUCAUGGAGGGCCUGAUCAACUUCUCGCUGCCCGGUAGUGUGGUGCCAUGGCAACAGAGCUCGGCGCUCAACCAGAGGACUCAGGUGACUUUGGAGAAGGUGUGUGUGACCAACCUGGAUUCCCAGGGGGCGUUCAGUCUGGACAUGUGUAUUGAAAUGCCCAAUGAGAUCAUCAACCUGCGCUGUCUCACCCACAAAGUCAAGAUCAAGAGGACAGACUGUAAGGCGGUGGUGAGGACGUGUCCAGGUGAGACUCUGGGCCCAGAUGGGUUCCUGCUCUGCUUCAGUCUGGCUCAGAUCCACCUGCCCAGGAUGUGGGUGGAGAAACACCCAGACAAAGAAAGCCAGGCCUGUAUGUUGGUGUUCUACCCAGACUUUGAGCCCAGCCCCAGUUCCAUGUCUGACCCCAGUGAAGUUAUCAUUCUGUUGGACUCGUCUGAGUCCAUGAGAGGAGAAGCUCUCCAGAAUGCCAGGAGAAUUGCCCUGCAGCUCCUCAAUACCCUGGACCACCACAGCGUCCGAGUCAACGUCAUCUCCUUUGGCUCAGACCAGCAGGAGGCUUUCCUCUCUGCCCACCCUCUAGUCGAGGCCCUCAAACCAGCCAAGAAGUUCAUCAUGUCCUCCCAACCUGUUGGGGGCAGCACCGAGCUGUGGAGGCCCCUGCGCAGCCUGAGUCUGCUGCCUCCGUCGCAGGGUGUGAGGAACCUGCUGCUGCUGUCAGACGGCCACGUCCAGAACCAGGCGCUGACCAUGCAGCUGGUCAAAGAGCAUUGCCAGCACAGCCGCCUCUUCACCUGCGGCCUCAGCCCAACAGCCAAUCGCCACAUGUUGCGGGCCCUGGCCCAGGCAGGGGGAGGGGCCUAUGAGUUCUUUGACACAAAGACAAAGCACACCUGGAUAGAGAAGGUGGCGUGUCAGGUGAAGCGCAUGGUGUCUCCAGGCUGCAGCUCUGUGUCUGUGAAGUGGCAGCAGUUUAACCCCUCAGCAUCCCCCCCUGUCCAGGCCCCCUCUCAGCUCCACGCACUCUUCUCUGAUUGCCACACCCUGGUCUACGGCUUUGUGCAACACUGUACACAGGCCACUCUUCUUGGAGACCUGAGUGGUCAGGACAUUGAGACCAUGGUGUCCACCACUGAGCUGCAGAAGACCAGGGGCACGUUCCUUCAUAAGCUUACAGCGAGGGCCGUUAUCAGAGACUACGAGGAUGGCAGUCUUCACACCAACGAGGCCGAACAUGAGGGGAAGAAAGCAGAGCUGAAGUCCUUCAUCAUUGAGCUGAGCAAAGAGUUCUCCAUCCUGUCUCAGUUCACCAGCUUUGUGGCCAUCGAGGAGAGGGACUCAGAGCAGCCUGACAUGGGCUUCACAGACGUUCCCAAGCUCAUCUCAGAUGAGGACGUCGACUUCUUACCUUACCUCAGCUGGCAGAGAGAUGAGGAGGAGGAUCUGGGAAGUGGGAUGGCCUCCAUGUCAGACUCGAUAGAUAGCGAGCCAGGGCGUGUUUUCCUCAAAGUCUACGAGGAGGAGGAGGGAGGGGUGGAGAAGGAGAAUUGGUCAAUGCACCCUGAAGACCCACUUGGUGGCUCAGUAUUCAUGCAUAGUGAGGUUCUGUCUCACCCCUAUUCAUGUACCCAAUUGAUGUCAGUCAGCCUAGUCACCCCAUCCGCUGCUUCCAAACAACUGGAUAUGCUGGAGACCCUCCAGUCUCAACGAAAGAGAGUGAGGCGGGCGCUCGGUAGACAGGAGGACGGACACAGGAAGGUUUGUGCCGAUCCGGCCUUUGACCCUGUAGAGCCCCAGAGGUGGAAAAUGGGAAUGCCUCUCUCCCGGAAGAAGUCUCCUCCUCAUCUUCCUCAUCCUUCUCCUUGUUAUUCCUCUCCUCCUCCUCUUCCAUCCGUUCUUCAUUCACAGCGUAAGUCUCUCCUUGUGUCUGAUGCUCUUCCUCCUCAGCCGCAGUCUCUCUCCGCCGCAGUUUCAGAUUCUCUGAAUCCUCCCUCUGCUCCUGUCUCAAAUGAGCGUCAAGCAAUGAGUUGCACAAGGGAGGCCCCUCCGAGACCUUUUAGUGGUAUCUCCCAUACUGCUACGUUCCAGAGACUGCAAGCCGGUGGGGACAUGCCACUAUCCAAACCCCCAGAGCCCUAUCCUGUGAAAGUGUCAAUGUGUAAGACUAGCAAUGUGGUGGACAUGUAUCAUGGCUUACCUGAGGAUAUGGAAUAUGGACUGGUGGAGUUGGACCACUGCCAGCAGCCUCCUGUUCUCCCUGCCUCUGUGCCCUCUUCAGCGUUUGGUUUCAGGGGCGGGUGGGCAGGGUCUCAAAGCAGCCGACCUCAAGGUUCUUUGUUCGAGGCCACAGCCAGUACAAGUUUAAUUUCAGGUUUGGUGCCCUCUGGUGGUUUAUUUGGGGCUUCUUCAGAAGGAGUGGUGAUUUCUGGUGGUGGAAAGUGGCCUCUACCUCCCCUUAACCUUGCACCAUCAGCAAUGUUACAUUUUGGGGCAUCAACUGCAGGCAGACCACCUCAAGGCUCCCUGUUUGGCUCCCCUUCAACCAGUUCUAUGACUACAGGUUUAGCAGCCCCUGGUAUCUCAUUUGGCUCUAUUGAGGGAGCGAAGGCCGCCCCCCCACCCCCUCCACCUGUAGGCUCAGCCCCACCAAUGGGGUUUAGUUUUGGGGCAACACCUACUGGCGGACUACUUCAAGGCUCUGGUAUCUCACUUUUACCCACCGCUCAUGGCGCUCAUCUGACCCGUCCUUUAGUGGCCUUACAUGGUUCUACAAGGUCCAGUUCUGAGGCAGCAGGGCCACGUGAAUCCUCUCUCUUCGGUAGCCCUCUUGGGACACAACAACUAAUAAGACGACCACGUCAACUACUACCGUUACUACAGCGAAUAAAACCACAACCACAAAAACAUCUGGUGGUAAGAAAGGACUUACUGAAAUGUGAAGGAGAUAGUGAAAGGAGGGGUGGUUUUGAAUUCAGGAAGAAUAUUCUUGAUGUAGUGAAAUGGCCAGAGAUUUUUGCCCUCCAGCACUCAGAAGGUUUCUGGGAGUGUUCUGGCAGCCUGGGAUCCCUCCUCAAUGUGGAUGUGACAUACUUUGCGAACGUUUUCCUGAAGAAGAAGGGCAUAAGCUCUUUAGGUGUGAGGGCUCAUGCUGACAUCCUGAGGCUGGUGGCCAGUCUGCUGGUGCUGCAGCUGAUGAGGGUGAGGAGGCUGGAGGAGGGGAAGCUGCUGCUCAGCCUGUUCCGUCUGGACCUGGACCACGCUCCUCAGCCUAGGGGUGAGCGCUGGGAGGCGGUGAGGAGGGCGGUGGACUGGGUGUGUUGGGCAGACAGGGAGUAUCCGUGUGUGUGCAGCAGACUGGAGUUUGGCUGGGACUGGGAGUCGUCCACACGCCAGCUUCUGGGAAUCGACGCCCCACACCCCCACUCUCCCCUCAUCCUACUGGGGACCACAGGGGGAGUGAGGGCCAAAUGACACCCUCAGUGUCAGACUUCCAGAAGGAGAAGGGUGUAUGACCACUAUAUACCAGUAUAUAUCUGCAGCUAUUGCUUUUACUCUUUUGCUUGUUACGUACUUAAGGUACUAUAACUGUACUGAUAUUCCUUUUCGCUGAAGCAUGUUUAUUCAAAUACAUUUUGUAAUUCUAAAUCUGUGCUUUUAAUGGGGUGAUUUUUAGUUUGCUGAAAAUAAAACGAUAUGAGCGAUAAUUUCUAAAAGGUAUUGAUACUAAAUGUAUGGUCAUUUUCUAUAUCAGUACAGCUAUCAUUGUAAUUGUGCUUCAGUGUACUGAUAGAGCCUGGAUCAAAUCAAAUGUUCUAUGAAGCUUCACCUUCCUUUCCAUGUGAAAAUCAAAGACUUCACAAAAACCUAAUUGUAUCUCUAUUUGUGGCUAAACAACAUUAAAGCAAUACAACAACAAUA